UUUUUUAUUUUAUGUUGUCGUACGUGUUUUGUUUUUUCUUUCCCUCCCUGUACAUCGCGGAGAAAUUGAGUGAAAUUUUGGAAAUCGUGCAAUUUCGUUCACGAAAAGUGUGUCAACUCGGCUACAAUUGCGCUCGCUGUGUUUCAAUUAAAAUAUUCAAACGGAUUAGAACGCAAUCGAUUGAAAGCUCUCGGAUUGGCUCGUUUCAAAACAGAAAAUCAACAUGAAACGGGCGGGUGGAGUAUCAAUCGCUCUGGUGGCGUUGUUGCUGGGCGUGGCCGCCGCCAAUAACGGAGUUCUAAUCAAAUCGAAAUCGGGACAGCCACUGACAUCGAGCACGCUGCAUUGGGUGGCCGUAACAGCGGGCAGGAUGCCAGAAGACGCCGUCGAAGGCGGCCACGGAACGUACGUGUGUCGAUUCCAGCACGUCGGACGGCUGGAGAUCGGUGCCACGGACGAAGAAGAAUCCAGCAGCUGCAGGAUCGUCUACUACGGCCGCAUCAUCAUCCGAGAUAAAUUCGAGGUACUCGUCAACGUCCAGCAAGCCGGCCGACUUGUGUGGACCAAAUGGGACCGCUCGCAAAUGUCCUUCGUCGGAGCCGUCCAAGUGGGCGAACAAUACGUCGGUCGCGUCAAGACGGCCGACGGCUACAGGCUGGGACAUCUCGACCCGACUGUCCAGCGCGGACGCAUCUUCACCAUCGACCACGCCCAAGAUCAAGUUGUCGAGUCGAGCGAAGGUGAAAUCCUGCUGGAAAUGGAGGCCAUCGACUACGAACUGGGACCCAUCCAAGUGGUACGCAACAGGCGCAAAAUUCAGAGCCAAGAGGACGUCCGUCUUGCUCACACCAUUUUGGACAACAUGACGGAAGAUGGACCCGUCAUCGAAGAGACGAACGUAGCGUCCACCUUGUCGUACGUCGUGACCCAUUCGGCCUAUCUGAGCCACGUUCGCGGAAUGAUUAAAGGAUUGCCGGCCAGCGUUCAUCUGGGCGCAGACACUAGCGGCGGCACUGUCCACUUCCGAUGGGGCGAUCAAACCAUCUCGGGAUCAUUCCCGCAGCUGAUGGAUGUCUCGCAUCGGCUAGAGCCGGGAACGGCCGUUAACGUCUCGCUAACGGCUCGGCGGGUCACGUUCGACGCUCCGUUCAGCGCCCGUUUGAGCAGCACCUAUUCGGACCAGUACGUAGGUCGGAGGCAGAUCGAAGGUCAAUCGAGACAAACGAUCCUGGAGGACAUCCAGCUGCACUACGGCGACGUCUACUAUUUGAGCAACGGGUCGCUAGUGCCCAGCACGACGACCUCAUCGACGACGAGUUUACCGACAACAUCAACGACAGCGCAAAGCCAAUCGACAACGCAAACGCAGCCAAGCUCAUCUGUCACAUCGCCGCCCAGUCUCAAGCAGACGAAAGAAACGUUAGAAUUGAAGAGCCGCAACGUGUCCAGCAACGGCCAGACGUUAUCGACACCCUUCGCGUUAUGCACUAGCUUUCUUGUAUCGCUUAUUAUCUUUAUCGGCCGAUGAAGAAAGAUGAUGGGAAAAAGAGAAUAGUAUCCGGUUCACCACCUUUUAAUUUAGUGUUCAGUCCUGUCCUACCUAACACGUACCAGUAAGAAAAGAAAAAAAAGGGGGGGAGAUUCUUUUUUUAAAAACAAAACAAAACCUGUGAUCGCACUGUAGAUGUGUCUAAAAUCUCAGCUCCCCCCCAGACCUCCCCCCCUCUCAGAUAUUGUAGUGCAAGUCCAACAUCAGGGCAAAAACAAAAAAGGGAAAAUGUGUGCAACAUUAAUUUAAAAAGAAGACCUGUGCCAAUAGAUCUGUUUAAAAAAGCGUUUGUCCAGACGGAUGGAUUUUUGCGCGGUUAAAAAUUCCCAUUAUGAUUCUUCAUUUUUUUUUUGCUUGCAAAUUUUGUUUGUUGUUCUUUUUAAAAAAAAUUAAUUGAUGAAUAUGACCCACAUUUAUGCAUACGUAUGUAUAGAAAAGAACUGAGAGAGAGACCUAACCCUUUAAAAUUUGAAAAUCAUUUGCUAAUGUACAGAAAUAAAAAAAAAAAAAAAAGAACAAAAAUAAAUAAAUAAAUAAAUACACUGAUGC